AUGAUGUAUGAUCCAACCAAAUUCGGCUUUGUUGGUUCUAUUCCUAGCGAGAUGUUGGAACGAGUUCCUCAAGAUAAUAAACCAAAAUCGAAAGAUGAGAAGGAUAAUAAAGCUUCUACAUCUAAAGGAAAAGAAAAGGUGAUUGAUGAUGAAGAAGAAAAGGAAGAGUUGUCUGAGGGUGAAAAGCUUGUCAGGAAGAAGCAUGAUUCUGAACUUGAUGAUAUUUUGAGAAUUCAUAAAGAAUUAGAAGAUCAAGAAAUGGAGGCUAAAGCUGCAAAAGUCACCUUGGAAACUCAGAAGUCAUUCUUCCCUCCGUGGACUCUGAAGAGGAUUCAAAAGGAGGCGGUUGAUGAACCGAGCACCAGUUGGUUCGAGCCUUUGGUAUCGUUUGAGCUGAAUAAUACUGCUGACUCUCAACUCGACUUUUCGAUCACUCCUAGGGCUUUUCUGUUUAGAUGCUUUGAGAAGAUUGAGAGAGCUCCAAUUUCUAACAAUGAUGCAAAUCAAAUGCUCUUCUCUUUCUAUCUUAAGUAUGGAAAGCCUCAAUUCAAAACAUGGAGUUGGAAAAAGAUUGUUGUUGUGAAGGUUUAUGCUCCAGUUCCAACUGAAAACUUCAUUAAUAUCAAAUCCAAAGAGUUUCGAGGAACAAUUCGUGUGGAAAAUGAUUUUACACUUGCUAAUUUACCUUCAUGA